UUUGUUGUUGACUUCGGACGACACAGUGGCCCUACAGGGCGUCAAGCCAAACACUUAAGAAACACCAAUAAAAGCCAAUGAUAAACCAAAAAUAGAUGGACAAUUAAUAGACGUUCAGAAAAUGGUGUUUUGCAACAGGGUUUUUUUUCUUUUAUUUUUUAUUAUUUCAAUUAUUUUGAAUGUAAGUUACUUACAGAGUACGUUUCGUCAGUCUUGACUUUAUUGUCAACGUAUUUAAUUUAAAUUAAUGUAUCUAAGCUUAUCACAUUUUAAUUUGUUUGCCUCGUCAGCAUAAAGUGCGCAGACCCUAAAGUUUGGUCGAUGAAGAGGCGCCAAAAUAUCGCGUAGGCUCUGACUGGUUUGUGAAUGACCAUGGGACACCACAAGGCGAGAGCAAAGACAUGAAUGCGCACGUCUGCUUAGCAAGUUGCGUGCGCGUCAACGGAUGAGCUCACAAAAAGCAACAGGUUUGAAAUGAGGUUGCGGUCGGUCAGAUGCACGGCACCAGUGACAGGACACAGACGCACUCGCUUGUGGAUUCGGAUUGCUACGCGUUAUUCACAACUUUUGACAGAAUUCCCAUGUUUUGAAAAGUUCUGGGGCACUUCUGUAGGGUCUCAUUUGAUCUUAGAGACCACAGUAGACAUUUAGAGAGAACCAAACAAGGACCAGAUGUCAGCAACUGGUUGAUAUUCUGCUUAAGGAUCACAGAAUCGGCAUUUUUUGUGAUGCUCUAAAAUGAUCAGAGUUUACUGCGGUGCUUCCUUUUGAGAUUUGGGAGAGUUGGAAAAACUCUGUCUCAGAUAAGUAUGACAGCAAUGAUUCAUCGAAGCAUUUGUAGUUUAAAUGAUCAACUUCAUGAUGGUAAUUAAAGCAAACAUAUAUUUGUGGAAUAAAUGACCAGGUUGCAGGAACGCAUUUGCAAGUCUCAUUAGCUACAAUCAAUCGAAUAAAAAGCGUGCCUUCCAGUUGGAGCGUUACAGGCGAACCACGGCACAUCGCCGGCAUGGUGCGCCUUAUCAACUGCCUUUUUCUGGGCUACUUGACAUGGAACCUCCGGAUAUCUGAUGCCCAGGGAGAGUAUUGCCACGGCUGGCUGGACGGCCAUGGAAAUUACCACGAAGGUUUUCAGUGUCCAGAGGACUUCGAUACGAUGGACGCGACCGUUUGCUGUGGGACCUGCUCGCUUCGGUACUGCUGCGCUGCCGUGGACGCACGGCUGGACCAGGGUAGUUGCACAAAUGACAGGGAAGUGGAGAACACCGAAUUCGCUGCCCAGCCCAUCUAUGUGCCCUUCCUGAUGGUGGGCUCCAUCUUCGUGGCGUUCGUGGUGGUGGGCUCACUGGUGGCCGUGUACUGCUGCACCUGCCUGCGGCCCAAGCAGCCCACCCAGCAGCCCAUCCGCUUCUCGCUGCGCAGUUGCCAGGGCGAAACCAUCCCCAUGAUCCUGACCACGGCGCCACCCAGCCUGCGCACGCCCUCGCGCCAGUCCAGCACGGCCACCACCAGCUCCAGCUCGGCCGGCGGCACCGGCAGCAGCUCGCUGCGGCGCUUCUCGCUGGGCCGGUCUGACGGCCUGCAGGCACCCAUGCAGAUGCCGAUGCCGAUGCAGGCACAAGCGCAGCUCCUGUUGUCCUCCGGCCCGGCCACUCUCUCCUCCUCAUCCUCCUGCUCUUCUUCGGCUGCUCCUCUUCCGCCUCUACCGCCUUCGUCCCAGCCGGCGUUGCCGCCUCCUCCGCCACCACCCUACAGCUCCCCCGCGGCGUGUCUGCAUGGCGGCCUGUCACAUCCGCAUGGGCCUCCUCCUCCGCUCCCUCACUCCCACUCCCACCCCCACCCUCACCCUCACCCCCAUCCUCACCCCCACGCCCACACUCACACCUCGCUGCAGCUCCACCAUGCCUCUCAGGGCUCUGGCUUCCUGCUGCCCCAGCAGUACUUUUUCCCCCUGCAGACUGAGCCCUUCACGGGGCCCAAGGGCUUCGCCGACUUCAGCCAGAGCUGACUGGUCCUGGACACCCUCUGAACCCCCCAAGAGUGUGUAUGCCAGUCUGUGUGAGUGUGUGUGUGUGUGUGUGUGUGGGCGGGGGUGGGGGGUGCAAUGCAUGGAAGCUCGCACCCUUGAUUGUAGAAUCACACCAGGGGCAGCUUUGGUCUGGGAGCACAUUUGUGCCUUUGCAGCAAUUACAUGGGAGCCUUCAGGGACAUGCUGAAGAGAGAGAGAGGAGAGAGAGAGAGAGAGAGAGACUGCUGCCUGAGAGAGAGGAGAGAGACUGCUGCCUGAGAGAGAGGAGAGAACAUCUAAUCCAGCUGUGAAGACUCUUCUGUAGAACCUAAUACAGGGACACUGGUCCCCGUCAGAUGAAGGGGUCUCAUUGUGCACCAAGCCAGCUAUGGAUUUUUAUUUGAGGUCAAAAUAUGCACUUUUAUAAGCAGCCUUUAUUUCCUCCUGGUGUUUUCGCACAAACUGCCACCAUAUCAUGACACGUGUCAUUACAUAUUCUGUGGAUUUUCUUUUGUUCGGACAGACAACUGACUGCAAAUUCCCACAUUCAGGACUGAAAAGACAACAGUUGGCAGUUUGUUUUGGAGACUUUUAUGUUAUCGUCCAAUGGCAUUAAAAAGGAAACUACCAGGGAUAAAAAAAAAAAGAGUAUUUUGACAAUCUCAAUGCCCCUCUAAGAGGGAACAGAAUGAACUUUAUUUUUUGGAUGAAAUGUCUGAAUUAUGUAUCUGUGUACUGGCACUGGGCAGCCGGACCAGACAUGUCCUUUCAUUAUAAUACACAUACAUCCAUUCCUUCAGGGCUAAAAUGUCAAAUAAAUAGAUGAUUCACAUUUUUAAGGGAUGUCAUUGUAUCUGAAGUCCAUUUUGAAAAAGUAAAAUAGCCUUUUCUAAGAUUAACAGGUGACAGAUGAGUACGUAUAGUUUGUUUUUAAGAGACCCUCAGUGUUAGGAGACCUGAGUGGCUCAUCAAGUCUCUAUAGGUGACUGCAUUCAAAAGAACCCAACUCAGGAUACAGAGCCGGAUCCAUCAGAACCAGGUCCACAGUAUCACGAUCAGAACCAGGUGCACAGUAUCACGAUCAGAACCAGGUCCACAGUAUCACGAUGUCCCACAGCAGUACAGAGGAGGCAGAGUCAGGACUUCAGUGAUCUUUAUUUAAUAUUCCAUGAUUGUCAGAACUGACUGAUAGAACUGAUUUGGAUCUGUUGGACCACGGCUUGAUCACCAUUUAAUAUUUAACAUGGACCCCCCCCAACAUCCAACCUUAUAAGUUGAACAACUCAACCCUCAACCACCUCAGUAACAAAAUCCACUUCACUGUCUUAUGUACAAUGUUUCGAUAUUAGAAAUAAAAUGAAUAUUAAAAAAAUGUACGUCAUGUCUGUUUUUCAGCCAGCAUUCCAAUGAUUUAAUACAUUUCAAGAAAAGUCACACACAAUCUAGAAUAUGUUAGAAUUGGAGAAAGAGCCGUCAUCAGUCUUUCUUAGUGUACACCUUCAUAGAUUCAACUCACUUUUGAGGACACAUUUCUAUGGUACUAGAUUCACUUAAAAAUAACACUAACAAUUUGCCGUGAUGAUAAACACAAAUACGAGGCAACAUGGCCAAGCCCUGAGACGGCCAGAGAGCAAUCCUGAGUGAGGGGGGGGUCAGCCAAUGUCCAGUGAAAUAAUAAACGCAGCCCAAGCCAAUCGGAAUGAUGCCAUCUGCUUGUCAAGUGUAUCAGCACACGGAUGUUUUCACAACGUCUCUCCCUGCCUCUUCCUGUUUGGAUAUUCAGCGUUUUUUUGCAUGUCCUGUUUAGUUCAACAUACACACACACACACACACACACACA